AUGUCUACCGCUUCUCAAAAUACUGAAAAAAAUAAUUGGAAAAAAAUAAUAGAAAAGUUUAAAAAAGAACCAUUAGUCCCUAUAGGAAUGGUUGCAACAUGUCUUGCACUUUUUAGUGCGGCUAUUGCUAUACAACAAAAUAAUAAAAGGCUUGCAAAUCGCAUGUUUCGAUACAGAGUUUAUGCACAAGGUUUUACAAUAAUUUCAAUGAUUGUUGGAAGCAUCUAUUAUCGACAUCUUAAUUCAUCCAUUCUUUGA